CACUCCACGAUCUUUCUCUCUCUCUGAUUCUCGAUCGGUUUUGGAUCCCGAACUCGGAGAUUGAUUCAACAUGUAUUACUCAGAUUCUGAGUCGUCGUCCGGUGCCGGCGAGUACAAGUAUUUCAAACAAAUCACUCGUGAAAGAAUAUUGAAUGAGAUGCUUAAGUCUACAAAAAGAGGGGACUCAAAAUUAACCUGGAAGGUACUCAUCAUGGACAAGCUAACAGUUAAGAUAAUGUCCUCUGCCUGCAAGAUGGCUGACAUCACAGGAGAAGGAGUCUCAUUGGUAGAAGACAUAUACAGACGUCGGCAGCCAUUGCCCUCAAUGGAAGCUAUUUACUUUAUCCAACCAACCAAGGAGAAUGUUGUUAUGUUUUUGUCUGACAUGUCUGGAAGGACACCCUUAUAUAAAAAAGCAUAUGUCUUCUUCAGUUCACCUGUUUCGAAAGAAUUAGUUGCUCUCAUCAAGAAGGAGUCAACUGUCUUACCUCGAAUUGCUGCCCUGAGAGAGAUGAAUUUGGAGUACUUUGCAAUAGAAAGCCAGGGUUUUGUCACUGAUAAUGAGAAGGCUCUUGAAGUACUUUUUGGUGGUGAGGAAAAUAAUGGGAGAGGUGAUGCGUGUUUAAAUGUGAUGGCUACCCGCAUUGCUACAGUUUUUGCUUCACUAAAGGAGUUUCCUUAUGUGCGCUACCGGGCUGCUAGGUCACUGGAUCCAAUGACAAUGACAACUUUUCGUGACCUCAUUCCUACGAAACUUGCAGCUGGAGUCUGGAAUUGCCUCACAAAGUAUAAACAAACAAUUAAAGCCUUCCCAGAGAGGGAAACAUGCGAGUUCCUUAUCCUUGACAGAUCAAUUGAUCAGAUAGCUCCUGUCAUACAUGAGUGGACUUAUGAUGCCAUGUGCCAUGAUUUACUGAACAUGGAGGGGAACAAAUAUGUCUAUGAGGUCCCAAACAAAGAAGGCAAGCCUGAGAGAAAAGAGGUCCUUUUGGAAGAACAUGAUCCUGUUUGGUUUGAGCUUCGCCAUGCACAUAUAGCUGAUGCUAGUGAGCGCUUGCAUCAGAAAAUGACCAAUUUUGUAACAAAGAAUAAAGCUGCACAAAUUCAACAUGGUUCAAGAGAUGCAAGUGAACUCUCUACACGGGAGUUGCAAAAGAUGGUUCAAGCUUUGCCCCAAUACAGUGAGCAAAUUGACAAGAUCUCCCUCCAUGUGGAUAUUGCAGGAAAAAUCAACAAACUUAUUAGAGACCUAGGGCUUCGAGACUUUGGGCAACUGGAGCAAGACCUUGUUUUUGGUGACGCUGGAAUAAAGGAUGUGAUUAAGUUUUUGACAACAAGAGAGGAUGCAAGCCGUGAAAAUAACUUGCGCUUGUUGAUGAUCCUUGCUACCAUUUAUCCUGAGAAGUUUGAGGGUGUAAAGGGUCUGAAUUUAAUGAAGCUAGCAAAACUACAACCCGAUGAUAUGAAUGCUGUAAGUAAUAUGAGAUUGCUUAGGGCAUCAUCUGAAACCAAAAAAAGUUCAACUGGAUCACUCUCUCUGAAGUUUGAUAUUCGUAAGAAGAAGCGCGCAGCUAGGAAAGACCGUAGUGAUGAGCAAGAAACAUGGCAAUUGUCUCGCUUUUACCCCAUAAUAGAGGAUCUUGUUGAAAAACUUAGUAAGGGACAACUAUCUAAAGACGAUUACCCUUGUAUGAAUGAGCCCAAUCCAACUUUCCACGGUGGCCUAUCUAAGGGUUCAUCCAUCCAUGAUGAACCUGCAGUUGCUCAUUCAAUGAGAUCAAGGAGGACCCCAUCAUGGGCUCGGGCUCGGAACUCUGAUGAUGGCUAUACAAGAUGGGCAAACGUAUUUUUGUUUUCAUCGUUGGUGGAGCUACUAGAUCAGAGCUAAGGGCAUGUCACAAACUUACGAUGAAGCUAAACAGGGAAGUUGUUCUAGGCUCAUCAAGUCUUGAUGAUCCAGCACCGUUUAUUACAAAAGUGAAGCUGCUGACAGCACAUGAACUCUCCUUGGACGAUUUGGAAAUAUAAAAACUAUGGUGGACAGGUGGAGGACAAAACUUGGAAUGUGCUUUUGCUCCUAAUCUAAUUUGUAAUCAUUUUUUUCUUUUUUUGGACAUUUUCAGCCUAAAAAUAUCGGCAUUUGGAUUUUGGUGGUCUCUGUCUGGCCAAUAUAAUUAGCAUUCAACCUUUUUCCGGGUUAUUGCUUUCCUAAUUCAUUCAUUUGUAGUUUGACAUAUGAGUCACCCCAUAAUUUAGGUGUAUAUCAUCAUCAUCAUCAUUUAUUAUUAUUGUUAUUAUUUAAUCAGUAUCAAGUUACACUAGUAUAAAUUUUAUAAUUUAUU